AACAAAGAUAUUUUAACUUAGAUAUUAUUAUCGUCGCUCAAAAGGCUCCCACUAGAAUUUUCCAGAUAGCCAAUCUCUUCCUCCCCAGAAGCCCAUCGAACUUGUUCCUGCAGAUUUUUUUCCCCCUUUAUAAAUAUCAAUGGACCCACACGUCAAACCGCCGUUCACUUCUGAUCAUCAUCGCGCACACUAUAAAUAAUCUGGCUUUGUGCAUUUGUAGGGCUUCGCCAUAUGCGAUGUGAGUCCUGCUGAAAAACAAGAGAACCCAAUUAGAGAGUGAAUCUUUUGUGGGCUUUUGCGUUGUAAAUCAGUUGUUUCUUAGGGGUUUUCAAGGAUUAGAAAUGGAGUGCGGAGGUUUACCUUCGUAUUAUAGCGUUCUGGGUGUUGAUAGAAACGCUUCAGAUGAAGAAAUUAAACGUGCUUAUCGGAAGCUGGCCAUGCAAUGGCAUCCGGACAAAUGGGCCAGUAGAAGCCCCUCUGUUCUUGGGGAGGCCAAGCAGAAAUUCCAGCAAAUUCAAGAAGCUUAUUCAGUAUUAUCGGAUAGGAGAAAAAGGGUGAUGUAUGAUGCAGGGAUAUAUGACCCUGAAGAUGAGGAUGAAGAGGUUGAGGGAUUUGCCGAUUUUCUUCAAGAAAUGGUCUCUCUCAUGAGUGAUGCCAGGAAAGAGGAAAAGAACUACAGCAUGGAGGAACUUCAGAGCAUGUUUUGGGAGAUGGCGCAAGAUUUCCGGACUCCUCAGUGGGUUUAUGAUCCGAUGCAGCAACACUCAUACGAGUCCCUGUGGUCUUGCGGCCCGUUUAGCUUGCACGAGCCCGAGAAUCCCAGAACAAGCUCAUGUGAAGCAAACCAACUUCAUGGGAAUCCUCACUUGGGCACGUCGAGAUUUGAAACUUAUGAAUGUAUGAUGAUUAUUGCUAAGCACCAGUUUUCUUGUAUGCUUGAAGUCUGCAAAUGGGUAACAGCUAAUGUGUACAUUAAACGGCAAAUAGCAAAAAUGAAUCCUCUUGGGUCAGUGAUGCAGCUUUCAGAUGUUCAUCCACAUUUUCCUCUGAAGCCUAGCCUGAUCACUAGACUCAGAUUUUCCUUUGAUAAGAUCGUGGUUAAGCAACAACUCAUAGCUGGAUUUUAUGGUGAACAAGCUAGUCGUGUGAUCUUUUCAAACAAUCCUAUCACGUUAACCCCACCAAUGCAGUGUGAUUUUCAGGAUUUGACCUGCAGUAAAAGGGUUAAAGGUUUUAAAGUCUCUGAAGCCUAA